GUAAAGAUAUUUGGAACAUCGUCAUCAAGAUUAUACCGGCAGUUUAUAAAAUAUUUUCAUCUUAUAACAUGUCACAUAGGACACUAUAAAUAAAACAUGAAGUGAAAUCUCUUAUAGUUUCGUUCAUGCACGUACGUCAAUCAUAAAUUCUCGUGAUGUGUUUCCAUCGAAUAAAAAAUACGUGACCGUGUAAGUUGGUAUAAGUGUUGAUAAUUUAAUGUAAAAUGUCAUCGGGUCGCGGUAGGGGUUACAGCGGGAGACAUCAUCUAAGAGAACCUCGUCCUGGUGAUACGGAAGACGAAAUCAAUGCCAGGACACUAGCGGAACUCAGCCCCCGAGCUACAGUGAACCUUUUUCCAGAUACAGAGGUCAUGGAGGAGAAGGACGACGACAACGAGGACUCGAUAGCGGAGCUGCUGCACGUGGACGAACAGUUCGCGCCGCUACUCAUAUUGUUGGAACAAUUCUCUCCCGGUGAAGACGGCAUACAAUUCAACCGGAAGUUACGUCACUUCGAGACCACCGUCACCAGCAUGUGUCCGGACGAGGCCAGGUUACAGCAGGCGUUCGCGUCUUUCCGUGCGGCGGCCCUGUGCAGUGCUGGCACGUGCCGUCGCCUCGCGGCAGUCGGAGCGUCCUUCACGAGGCAGCAGCGGCAACAGUUACUUAGGACCACGUUACUGAACGUCAUCAUGCAGGGGACCUUCACUAAGCUGGAGGCGUUGAAGAGAUCCAAUCCCAUUUACUUAAUAAACGCAGCUAAUCUCAUGGGAGAUUAUUUCGCAGAGGCUCGCCUUUGUAACGGUAACAAAGUGCACAUAUUGGCCAGCCCCUUACUGCAAUACAUGCGAGCUCUGCUAGCCAGCGACGAUCUUAGAGCGCACAGAAGUCUAGCCACGCAGCUGAUGCAGAACGGUCGCGAACUGUUGUCAGUCUUGUCCCAGGAGCUCGACGAGCUCUCUAUAUCGAUCCGUCUGCGCCUACUCUCCCCUCCACCCGUUAGCAUAAUCUGGCUGCUCUUAUCCGCGGACCUCUGCCUCAACAAGUUUCUGCCGCUUCCGAACACGCUGCAACAGUUCUACGCUGCCCAUCUAGAUCUAACAACGGACGAGAACUUUAGCGAAGUCAGCUACGGCUCGUGGAAGAAGAAUAAGGAAGACCACAGAACGGAAACGGAAACUGACAAGGUCAGCCAGAAUAUGUCGCAGAUAAGCAUCAACCAAGACGAGGACACCAAGCCGAAACUACGCCCCAUUUUGGGUGCCGGUGCUGGGUUGUUACGUCAAGAACAACUGACGCAGGACAGCUUCGAAACGUGGACUAAGAGUAAUCUGACGAAGAGAUACGAUCUGAACUCGUGGAGACAGACGGACGAACAGAAGGAGGAAACGGAAACGGUGUUCAAUCCGACGGUGAUGCCUCCCAACAUGCAGAACUACGCGGUACCAGACUAUCCGCCGCCGAACUUCAACUAUCAAGAGAACUACGCCAACUAUCUCCAGCAGGGGGACGGAGCUUACAUACAGAACAUCAACAACGCACAGAACUACACAGCACAGGAAUACGUGCCGCAGUACAACGAGCGGCCCGACAGGGUCGAGAGGAUCAACAACGAGGUCCAGAAGACGGCGAGCAGGCGCCCCAUAGAGAACUGGCGGAGGGAGAAACCGGAUAAGGAAGACGCCAAGAACAGGAACUGGAGCAGACAGCUCUCCAAGGAUAAUGUUAACGACGACAGCGACGGAGAGAGACUGCGCUCGGCCUCCAGGAGUUCCAGGGAUUCCAGGUCAGGGAGGGCGAGGGACGGCGACAAGACCCCGCCCCGGAAACACGUCACAGAGGUGCCCAAGAACCACAAGUACUGGGACCACGACGACCGCUGCGACAAGGACUACAACAGUUAAUGAAGUGUAACGUGUAGGGUGAUGAAUCAUCUGUACUUAACGGACAAAGAAAUUUCAAGUACGGGCCGGAUCUCACGAUACGAUAUUUAUAACGCGAACCCUAAAUUAUUACUUGUUUCUUACUAAAAAACUUACUAAAUGACGUUUUAAGUUGCAACUCACGGGGACGGUUUAAACAAUACGACUAUAAUGAUGAUGAUGAUAAUGUCUCAGAAGUAACUAAAUUAAUUGAAAAUAUAUGAUACAAUAGCAUUAGCAUACAUAUUAUUAAUGUAAAACAAAUGAAAGUCACUGAAAAUUCUUGGUUACAUUAUGUAUUCCAGUACACACACACACACACACAUAUAUACAUAUAUAUAUGAUGAAUAAUGUAAAACCUCCUUUCACAUAGCUAAUGUCAUGUAGAUAUCUUGUUUUUAACCAAUCUUACAAGUCAGCGGAGCCAGACAGUGCCUUGCUCGAUACGUUUCUCCGUAAACAUAAUUUGCUCAAUUAUAUUAAUUUAUAACAAUCAUGACAAAUACAGAUCACCGUGCCUAAAGCCGGCUGACCCGCUCCGUGCUCAGCUUGUGGGCUCCCGAAACAGCUCGCGAUUAUGAUUAGACGGUUAGUUGUAUAUAAAUUUUAGCUUAUUAUUCGAAAGGUAAUAUUUUUAUAUUUAAUUUAAAGCGUUUUAAUAACGAGACACUCGAAUACCUGCGCUGGAACUGUUACGAAUCUUAUAAAAGGUUGAAAUUAUAUGGAAUAAAACAUUCACGUCUAUGUAAAAAACUUUGACGGACAAAAAAAAUAAUUUAUUCUCGUUCUGUGGUGUUACCAGUACAUGUAGUUGGGAGCGUGUGACGUCACGCGCUCUGUGACGUCUCACGCUCUGUGACGUCACGCGCUCUGUGACGUCACGCGCUCUGUGACGUCUCACGCUCUGUGACGUCACACGCUCUGUGACGUCACACGCUCUGUGACGUCACACGCUUGUAAUAGGUGCCCAAUCCAAAAGACAAUACCGCUGGCGGUUGUACCACUCGGAAAUAUAAAUGCUUAGUUCAAUACUUGGAAUUUAUUUUAAUAGUAAAUUAAGUGGUGCGUCGUGUAUAUAUAGAUAAUUAAAUAGUAAUUUAGAGAAAAUACAAAAGAAAAAAAAAACAAAGAAAAAAAGUACACGCUGCAAUCGAAAACGAAAGUCUCCAUAGAUUGUUAGCAAUACAAUAUAAUGUCAGUUACAAUAUUGAUCACCGACUGAAAUUAAACAACGUACCUGUAUAGAAUGCACAACAUAAGACUUUCACACUUAAAACUAAGUUAUUAUAUAUGAAUUAAUACAAACGGCUGAUUAUGUGAAAUCCUGUCCUCGUAUUUUUGAAUGAAAUUAAAAAAAAAAACAAAUGUCAAAAUUUUUAUUUUUAAUUUGAAAUGUCAAACACACUCGUGCUAAGUGUAAAGCAAAAUUUGCUGUAUUUAUAGUGCAAUAGAGUAGAGAUCGGGGCGGUUUGUAAUUUGUAUAUAGUAGAAUAAAAUUGUACCGAGUAAAAAAACACUUCGUUUUAAGGUAAUGUAAUGACACAAAUUCACUGUACAUUUCACCAGCCCAUCCGCGCGAUAAGUGAAUGACCCGCCACGCUGCAAGCCGGGACGGCGGGUGUAGGAUAAUGAUUUGUGACCCGUAAUGUAAUAUAAUUGAAGUAGAUUUUGUAUUUAAGAAGUAACAUUUGGUUUGUUGUACCGAGGGACAUGUUAGUUUUGUUAUAAAAUAGUCCGGAAUGAUUUUGGUAAUUAUGUAAUCUGGAAAUAAAAUGGAAUUUAAUUUC